GUAAUAAAUAUGACGUCAUAUAAUGUAAUACUGCAUUUCUAUUCGUGAAAUUUAGUGUUCAUUGCCGUUUCAUAUGUAAUAACGUCAUAAUAUAAGGAAUAGCGAAUGCUUUCCCUCGUGACCAACGCGAACGCUUUGUUGAGAAGGGAGUGUCUUUUCGGAUUCAAAGCGGCGGAGCACGUGCAUUCUAGGCUAUUUCGUUUAUAAUUAUUUGAUCUCAUCUUUGUUAGUGGUGUGACACAGUUCAAUCAUGACACAGCCUGCUGCUGCCAAGGCACCCGCUCCCGCUCGGGCAGUGGGAUCAUCUAACCAGCAUUCCGCCUUCAAAGAUAAGACAAAACCUGCAGAAAUCAGGGCCAGCAGCAUCACUGCUGCAAAAGCUGUGGCUGAUGCUGUCAGAACCAGCCUUGGACCCAAAGGAAUGGACAAAAUGAUCCAGGAGCCCAAGGGUGAUGUCACAAUCACCAAUGAUGGUGCCACUAUCCUGCAGCAAAUGAAACUGGCUCACCCAGCAGCCAAAAUGCUGGUGGAGCUGUCGAAGGCACAGGACGCCGAGGCCGGCGACGGCACCACGUCGGUAGUAAUCCUGGCCGGCGCCCUGCUGGACGCGUCGGCCAAGCUGCUGUCACGUGGUAUCCACCCCACGGCCAUCUCCGAGUCGUUCCUGCGCGCCGGCGAAAAGUGCUCCGAGAUUCUGGCCGACAUGGCCACCCCGGUGGACCUCUCGGACCGCGAGAGCCUGCUCAAGUCGGCCUCCACAUCGCUCAACUCGAAGGUGGUCCACCAGCACGCCGGCACCCUGGCGGCGACAUCGGUGGACGCCGUGCUGAAGGUCAUCGACCCGGCCAAGGAUACCAAUGUCGACCUCAAGGACAUCAAGAUCAUGAAGAAGCUGGGAGGCGUGGUUGAGGACACCGAGCUCAUUGACGGCGUGCUCUUCGACCAGAAGAGCAGCAGCUUCGGCGGCCCGACGCGCGUUGACAAGCCCAAGAUCGGCCUCAUCCAGUUCUGCAUCUCGCCGCCCAAGACUGACAUGGACAACCAGGUGGUGGUAUCCGACUACGCGGCAAUGGACCGGGUACUGCGGGAGGAGCGGCAGUACCUGCUCAACAUAGUCAAACAGAUCAAAAAGUCCGGCUGCAAUGUGCUGCUGGUACAAAAGUCCAUCCUCAGGGACGCAGUGAGUGACCUGGCGCACCACUUCCUGGCCAAGAUGAAGAUCAUGGUCAUCAAGGACAUUGAGCGGGAGGACAUAGAGUACGUGUGUAAGAGCCUGAACGUGCGGCCGGCGGCGUCUCUGGACCACUUCACAGCCGACACGCUGGCCACGGCCGAGCUGGCCGAGGAGAUCCAGACAGGCAGCAGCAAAAUGGUCAAGAUCACGGGCGUGCAGAACCGCGGCCGUACGGUGAACGUGCUGCUGCGCGGCAGCAACAAGCUGGUGCUGGAGGAGGCCGACCGAUCGCUGCACGACGCCCUCUGCGUCAUCCGCUGCCUCGUCAAAAAACGGGCUCUGAUCGCCGGCGGCGGCGCCCCGGAGAUGGAGAUGACCCUGCGGCUCUCCGAGCACUCUCACACCCUGACCGGAGUCGAGGCCUACUGUUUCCGGGCGUUCGCCGACGCCCUGGAGAUCAUACCGUACACACUGGCCGAGAACGCCGGCCUCAACCCGAUCGUGACGGUGACAGAGCUGCGCAACCGGCACGCCAAGGGAGAGAAGAACGCCGGCAUCAACGUGCGCCGCGGUCAGAUCACCAACAUCCUGGAGGAGAGCGUGGUGCAGCCGCUGCUGGUCUCCGUGUCGGCCAUCACGCUCGCCGCAGAGACCGUCUGCUCCAUACUGAAAAUCGACGACGUGAUCAACGUGGUCAACUGAUAAGCUGUGGAGCAGCUGUCUCCCGGCCACCCUAUCCGCCGUGGGCGUCCACUCAUGUUCCGUGUGAUUCGCCGCCCCCGCCGCCGGCCGCCCCUCGACUGACCCGCCCUGACCCGGCCGGAGGCGGGAGCGUACCAGUCCUGUUCAAUUAACGUUCUUUUCGCACGUCCGUCUUGCGCUGAUAUGAUGAUGAUAAUACAAAUAACGCACUUAA